CUGGAGUCGACUCCACUAUCCGUGUCAGCUGCAUUGGCGGAUGUGGGGAAGCAUCCCGCCAACGGCCACGCUGUUCCACAUGCGGUGUGUGAUAAUUCGACGGCAGCGAGAAACUUCACGAGAAGUGUAUCACCAAGACCUUACCAAGCGAACUGUCUCCACGCAUGCAAUAUGGAUGCAUGUCGCCUCGGUGGAGCGAGCAAGGCCGAGGAAUUGGGACCUUCCUGAGAUUUGGAAUCAUUGUGCCGGUUCCAGGGGUGUUGGGGCACUAUAAGGGAGAGAGAGAGCUGCAUUAAAUAUUCUUCAAGCCAGCAGAUCCCUCGGACGCAAGAUAGAGAAGAAAGGAACUACUCCCACGAGCAUAUCCAACUUCCUCAAGAAUGAAAUUCGGAGCUCUCUCUUUCCUGGCCGCCCUCGGGCUUGCUACGGGUGUGUGCGCGAACACCGUGGUCUCAUGGGAGCGUUUGAACAAGAAUGAUUCCGUUCUCGUGGUCCUCGAUCUCCAAGUCGGUCUCUACACAGUCGCCCGCGACAUGGACCCGACCGUCUUCCGCGACAACAUCAUCGCGCACGCCUCUAUCGGCAAAUUGUUCGACCUGCCCGUCGUCAUGACCACGUCCGCUCAGACGGGCCCCAACGGCCCCCUCCCCAAAGAAAUCCUCGAAAUGUACCCCAAUGCCCCCCUCAUCAAGCGUCAAGGCGAAGUCGACGCCUGGGACAACGCCGACUUCCGCGCCGCCAUCAAAGCCACCGGCAAGUCCCAAAUCAUCAUUGCCGGCAUCACGACGGACGUCUGCACGGCGUUCCUCGCUUUGUCUCUCCGCGCCGAGGGCUACAGCGUGUGGGCGAACGCUGAAGCAUCCGGGACGACGAGUACGCUGAUACGGGAUAUCUCCAAUGACCGGAUGGCGAGGGUGGGCGUGCAGAUCGUUAGUUUGUUUGCGAUUGUUUGUGAUUUGAUGAGGGAUUGGAGGGCAACGCCUGGUUCGGCAGAGGUGAUUCCGUUUUUGGAUCGGUAUUUCCCGGUUUAUGGGUAUUUGGCUAGGGGGCACGGGGCGGCGAUUGAGAAUGGGACGUUGAUUCCUGGGGAGGCGGGGUUGAUUUAGGGCGUCGUCGAUGGAGAGGGGCCGGACAGGUAGUUAAGGGAGAGGGAAAUGGAGGGUAAGAAGGGUUUGGAAUGUAAAGCUUGGAGACGAUGGGUUUGCAGUGGUGGAAAAUCAGAGUCUUUGAAGAUGAGAACAAAAGCAUACGCAGUAGAUCUUGCCAUUGGCUCCAUUGAGCCAGAUAA